GGGGCCUGAUUCACCGGCCGCUGGGGCCAGGGUUGGGGGCUGGGGGUGCCCACUGGGCUUGGCUCGUGGGUUUGGGGGGGCAGCGGUGCAGGAGCCUGGCUGGUGGCUGCCGGCCGGGCCAGUGGAGGCCCUCGGGCGGGGGGAGGUGGCAGCUGGUGGCCCGGCCGCGUGGCCCUCUGCGGAGCCAUGGUGGCCAAGCUGAGCCAGCUGCAGACCGAGCUCCUGGCCGCGCUGCUCGAGUCGGGCCUGAGCAAGGAGGCGCUGAUCCAGGCCCUGGGGGAGCCGGGGCCCUACCUGCUGCCUGGAGAGGGUCCCCUGGACAAGGGGGAGGCCUGCGGCGCCGGUCGAGGGGAGCUGGCUGAGCUGCCCAACGGGCUGGGGGAGACGCGGGGCUCCGAGGACGACACGGAUGACGACGGGGACGACUUCACGCCGCCCAUCCUCAAAGAGCUGGAGAACCUGAGCCCCGAGGAGGCGGCCCACCAGAAGGCCGUGGUGGAGACCCUUCUGCAGGAGGACCCAUGGCGCGUGGCGAAGAUGGUCAAGUCCUACCUGCAGCAGCACAAUAUCCCGCAGCGGGAGGUGGUGGACACCACGGGCCUCAACCAGUCCCACCUGUCGCAGCACCUCAACAAGGGCACCCCCAUGAAGACGCAGAAGCGCGCGGCCCUGUACACCUGGUACGUCCGCAAGCAGCGAGAGGUGGCGCAGCAGUUCACCCAUGCAGGGCAGGGUGGGCUGAUUGAGGAGCCCACAGGUGACGAGCUGCCAACCAAGAAGGGGCGGAGGAACCGUUUCAAGUGGGGCCCAGCAUCCCAGCAGAUCCUGUUCCAGGCCUAUGAGAGGCAAAAGAACCCCAGCAAGGAGGAGCGAGAGACCUUGGUGGAGGAGUGCAACAGGGCGGAGUGCAUCCAGAGGGGAGUGUCACCRUCGCAGGCACAGGGGCUGGGUUCCAACCUUGUCACGGAGGUGCGUGUCUACAAUUGGUUUGCCAACCGGCGCAAAGAAGAAGCCUUUCGGCACAAGCUGGCCAUGGACACGUACAGUGGGCCCCCAUCGGGGCCAGGCCCAGGACCCGCGCUGCCUGCCCACAGCUCCCCUGGCCUGCCCCCACCCGCCCUCUCCCCCAGUAAGGUCCACGGCGUGCGCUAUGGACAGCCUGCAACCAGUGAGGCAGCCGAGGUGCCCUCGAGCAGCGGUGGUCCCCUAGUGACAGUGUCCACCCCUUUGCACCAAGUGUCCCCCACAGGCCUGGAGCCCAGCCACAGCCUGCUGAGCACUGAAGCCAAGCUGGUCUCAGCCACUGGGGGCCCCCUGCCCCCUGUCAGCACGCUGACAGCGCUGCACAGCUUGGAGCAGACGUCGCAGGGCCUCAACCAGCAGCCCCAGAACCUCAUCAUGGCCUCGCUCCCUGGGGUCAUGACCAUUGGGCCCGGGGAGCCUGCCUCCCUGGGCUCCACGUUCACCAACACAGGCGCCUCCACCCUGGUCAUUGGCCUGGCCUCCACUCAGGCACAGAGCGUGCCGGUCAUCAACAGCAUGGGCAGCAGCCUGACCACCCUGCAGCCGGUCCAGUUCUCGCAGCCGCUGCACCCUUCCUACCAGCAGCCUCUCAUGUCACCCGUGCAGAGCCACGUGGCCCAGAGUCCCUUCAUGGCCACCAUGGCCCAACUGCAGGGUCCUCACGCUCUCUACAGCCACAAGCCCGAGGUGGCCCAGUACACCCACACAGGCCUGCUUCCGCAGACCAUGCUCAUCACCGACACCACCAACCUCAGUGCCCUCGCCAGCCUCACGCCCACCAAGCAGGUCUUCGCCUCGGACACUGAUGCCUCCAGUGAGUCUGGGCUUCACGCGCCAGCCUCUCCAGCCACCACCAUCCACAUCCCCAGCCAGGACCCUGCCAGCAUCCAGCACCUGCAGCCUGCCCACAGGCUCAGUGCCAGCCCCACAGAGGAGGAAGUGGACACUCGAGGUGACGGACCUGUCUCAUCUACUGGGUGGCAGAGCCAGGACAUGAACCCAGUGUCCGCCAGCAGCCUGGUGCUGUAUCAGAGCUCCGACUCCACCAACGGCCACGGCCACCUGCUGCCAUCCAACCACGGCGUCAUUGAGACCUUCAUCUCCACACAGAUGGCCUCCUCCUCCCAGUGACCUCGGCAACUUCCUACCAGGGGCUGGGCCCUGGAGCCUGCACUGCCUGCCUGGGGGGUGACGAAGGCAGCAGUCACCACCUCGGGAGCACUUCUGAGCCUACCACAGGGCUGCUGCCUCCCCUCCGUCCCCACCUCUCCCUCUGCCAGCAUUGGAAAGGUACGGUUCUGAGGAGCCUCAACCCGAGGAGAUUGUCACUUGCCUAAGAGGGGACUGUGGAGAGUGGGAAGCAGAGCUUGUUCUUGGCGGGACCCUGGAGGGACCACCUGUCUGCUGAAGUGGAAACUUGUUACUUGGAAGAGAAAGGGGCAGCCUUGGGCUCCUGUGCCCCCAACGCGGGCCUGAGGACAGCCCUGGGACUCAAGGGGCUUGGGCAGCCACCUUCUCAUGGCACAAACCUGGGAGCUGUGACUCACUGAGCUCUGCAAGUCCCUGAGUCAGCCCUAGGUCAACGCAGCUGCAUCGUCACCUCUGCCUCCACAGGCCACUCGGCCCUGCUGCAGGUCCUCCCAGGGAGUGAGACGUGUGCCCAUUUGUACCCUUGCACCAGGCAUGUCCCAAGGGGUUGCUUUCUCCCAGGCCUGGGGCUCAGUGCCCUCCUGCUGCCCCCACCCCAGCCAUCCCCUCUCCACGACCCCAGGACUUCUCAUUUUCCUGGACAUUUGCUCCUGAUCCUCAAGCCUUCUGAAGCAGGCCUGGCAUCUUGCCACUACCUGAAAGACCACUUUGGGGCCGUCCUUGCUCCUGUGACCAGUUGUCAAGCCCAGGUCCCAGGGCAGCAGCUCAUCCGGCCUUGGGGCGCCUGCAGGCCCUUCCCUGGUUGGGGACGGAAGGUUACUGAGCUCCAAAGGCAGCAAGGCCUGAGCACCCGGCAGAGCUGGGGUGACCGAGGGAGAAGAGAGUGGCAAGAUCAGCAAAGGGACCACCUGUGUGGUCGCACUGAUGCUUGGAGCCCUGCUGGCUGAGGACUGGGGCCUACGCAGUUGGCAGCCACCCUGAGGAAUCUGAGGUCCUGAGUGUCACUGGGAGGGCAAAGCAGCUGUGAGAACCUUGUCUCCUGGGCCUGCGGUGGAGAACCCAGGCCUCAGUGGGCAGCCUCUACCUGGGAUUGAGCAAGGGUUCUGGGGAGACCCAGCACCUCUGUGGCUCAUAGCCAGCUGGGGGGGAG